ACUCAACUCCCGUCUGUACCUUUCGCAGUCGCUGGUUGGUAAUCUGAUUGAUGAUGCGUUUUGAACCUCCAUCGUACUCGUACUCCGCGUCCCCCACCCCCAGGACGCCGGUCGCACCCCGUGGUUCAUCUCGAUCUGGGAACACCUGCCGACCGACCGAGGAGGAAGCGAACCGCCAAAAGAAGCGAAGCAACUGCGGACGUACGGAGCGACGGAGGGACAGACGGACAGUCGAUCAGCCGGCAUCGUACGUUGUUGCACCGCUUGCUCGCCGUCUGUCUGUCCGCCAUCUGCGGGUGCUCCCCGUGCACGACGGCGAACAAACGAGGCAGGCCGUUCGGACAACGGGCCCUCGAACAGACGCUCACUCAGCCCCCUCUGUUGAAUUGACGACGACGACGACGAUGAUGAUGAUGAUGUGAUGACAAUCGCUCAAAUCUUCGUUGGCUCAGCCGGCCAGCCAGCCAAGCCGGCGGCGCCCACACACUCCAACCCCCCCCCGUCUCAGCGGCAUCACGAACGACGUCUCAUCCGUCGGGCCAAUCACCGCCGCUCCAAAGAAACGCCCUCGCCGCGGCACCGCAUCUGCCCGGCACCCGACUUGCCCAGCCAUGGUGGCAGUGCCGGUUGAACAUGGGGUGUGUGUGGGUGUCCUCACUCUCUGCCGCUCUCCCUCUGCGCCGCGCGUGCCCUGUCCCUGCAUUCGUGUGCUCCGUGGUCGAGGUCUGAUACACUGAGCCCAAACUCUCUUUGGGCUUGGCUUGCGUCGUGCUGCUGGUGCUGCAUGCUCGUCUGAGCGCCUCGUCUGCAUCAUGGACGACGACGACGACAAACAAUGGCGCCGCUGCAAGUGCCGCAUCCUUCCCGCCAUCCCUCCUCCCCCUCCCUCCCUCCCUCCCUCCCUCCUCCACAUGCGGCUCGCAGGAGACACGCAGAGGGGCGUGAAGCUUCGAGAUAGAGCAGCGAUCCUGGGGCUGGCUGGGCGUUGUCGUCCUCAGGGCCGUCCCCCUCCCUCCCCCCCAGUCUUGGAGAGUCAUUGACGCCCGCCGCCACUUAUAUCGCUCUAUACUCACUGCCACACCUCGGGCCACUACCUUACUUGUCUGAUCUUGCAUUCCCUUGCGGAAAAGAUAUAUAAAAUCAUACCCGUCGCCUCCUCCUCUCCCGCCCCUCCAUCAUCUUCGGAUUCCGUGUAGACUCAACCGCUACAAAGUACGAGAGAAAGAAAAAAGAAAAGUACUCGAGCUGAAACCGCACUCCAUGAAGGUCGCUUCCAGGAAUGCCUGGGCGGCUGCCCUUGCCCUAGCCGUCACUGGAGUCAACGGUGAUGCCACGCCGUACUGCCCCGUGGACGAUGUCUGCUUCCAGUUCGCGGUCCCCGAGGCCGCCGCCAGCUCUGGCUCGGGCAACGUCUACUUUCAGCUGCGGGCGCGCUCAUCCGUCAGCUGGGCUGCCCUUGGUAUCGGGUCGCAGAUGAACGGCGCCACCAUGUUCGUCAUGUACGCCGACGGGAACAACAACGUCACGCUCAGCACCAGGAGGGGGACCGGCCAUGUCGAGCCCAGGUACAGCCGCAUGGCCAACGUCGAGCUCCUUGGGGGCUCCGGCAUCAUCGACGGCAGCAUGGUCGCCAACGUGCGCUGCAGCGACUGCGCCAACCUGAAACUCUCCGGCGUGAGCAGCUGGGUGUCUGCUUGGAAGAGAGGGAGCCCCAUGAAUGACAAGAGCACGUCGGCCAGCAUCCAGUACCACGACUCUCACAACUCGUUCAAUGUCAACCUCGGGAGGGCCACUGUCAGCGCUGAUGCCAACCCGUUCACUAAUAGCUCGAGCAACCCGGGGGGAAGCAACGGAGGCAACAACGGGGGCGGCAUCAUCGCACCAGGCGCCAGCGGUGGUGGUCCCUCGACAAACACCCUCAUAAAUGCACAUGGAAUUCUCAUGACCAUCAUCUUUGUCGUCGGCUAUCCCAUUGGCGCCAUGCUGUCGCCUUUUGUCGGCAGCUGGGUAGUCCACGCGACUUGGCAGACGCUUGUCUUCUUUGGCAUGUGGGCAGGCUUCGCCCUCGGCAUCAUCAUCUGCAGUCGCAUUGGUUUCUUCUUCCAGAACACGCACACCCAACUGGGCGUCUUUGUAGUGUCGUUGAUGGGGCUGCAGCCGAUCUUCGGCUUCCUUCACCAUAGGCACUAUCUCAGAAACCGUCGCCGUGGCAUCAUCAGUCAUGUUCACAUCUGGUACGGCCGCGCGCUCAUCGUCAUUGGUGUGGUCAACGGCGGGCUGGGCCUGCAGCUUGCGGGAAGCUCGCAGACGUUUGUUACCGCAUACAUCGUCGUGUCCGCAGUUGUAGCGGCGGCAUAUCUCGCGCUGAGCGCCUUUGCUCUGUUCAGAAGAAGGAGGGUCGCUAGCAUCGAGCGGCCAUCCAAUGGCUCCGACAGCACGGAUAGGAAACAAUGAAAGAUGUGGUCCUAGCCGUUGGGAGGGAGAGACGUCGACUUGGGUCAGAGAACGUAGACGGCUUUUCUGCUGUCAGGGAAUUAGACACGGGUUUUAUGCUAGAAGCAAGGGAUUGAUAUCCACGGGUUCUUGGAAGCGGGCUGUUGCUGUGAAUUUGUUCUGCGGAUUGCCUCGGAGACAUUUGCGACUAUUAGUCAAUGGAGAAUGAAGGGAUUACCAAGGAUAGGGAACAUACGGUCAUCCCAGAGCACUCGGGAAUAGCGCACCUACCUAGUAGCCCUGCCUGUG